UUUUGUUUGUUGUUUUUUUUAAUGAAAUUUCAUCAAAACUAAAAAACCCCAAAAUUUACAAAUCAUGAUUGGAAUACGCUUUUAUUCAUCGAAAGGACUACUUCUUCAAUUAUCUUCAAUAUUAUUGGUGGCGAUUAGUGUCACAUACGCUGGCGAUGAGGUAAAAGAUACACGAGAAGGUGAAAAUGUCACGUUAGAGUGUCGGUUUUCACCCAUUGAAGUCUCAACGGAUGAAGAACUAACAUACUAUUGGGUUAGAAAUAACAAACAAACACAUGAUAACGUUGCUAUUGGAAAAGUCCCUUUGGACAAUAACUACAGAUUGGAUAAUCGACCGGAAAUAGGAAGAUAUGAUUUGCACAUAACAAAUGCUAGUUAUGAACGUGACAAUGGACGGUUUGAAUGUCGUAUAAAAGAAGGUGGAACCGGUCAUGAUCGCCAUUCACAAAGUUAUAUGUUAACCGUGUUGACAUUACCACAACCACCACGAUUAGCUCCUGGUGCUUAUGUUACAGCCACCGAGGGUAAACGACAAGAUUUAACAUGUUCAAGUACGGGUGGUUCACCUGAUCCAAGUAUUACAUGGCAUCGUGAAGGAACAUCAUAUCCAUUAGACGCCAUUGUUAAAAAUGGUGGUUCCCGGGAUCAACCAACAACAUCUACUUUAACAUUAUCACCAACACGAGAAGAUGAUGGAGCCAUAUUCCGGUGUGUUGUAUGGAAUCGUGCAAUGCCUGAUGGGAAGAAACUGGAAGCAACUGUCACCUUAUCUGUUAACUAUAUUCCUCGUGUUGAAGUUGGACCAGAAAAUCCAUUACGUGUUGAAAAAGAUUCACCCGCUAAUUUACAAUGUACAGUGGACGCCAAACCAAAAGUAUCAAAUGUACGAUGGAGUCGUAAUGGACGAUUUAUCAGUACUUCAAUGAGUCAUACAUUACAUCGAGUUAGUCUUCAAGAUGCCGGCAAAUAUACUUGUAGUGCUGAAAACGGUUUGGGAAAAGCUGGAGAAAAAGAAAUAAUUUUGGAUGUUUUAUACGGGCCGAUUGUCACAUUGGAGGAUAAGACGCGUGAAGCUGAGGAAGGGGAAACAAUCGAAAUUAAAUGUAAUGUCACAUCAAAUCCAAGUCCAAAUUUAGUCGAGUGGGUUAAAGAAGGAAAACCAGAUUUCCGUCAAAAAGGACAUAUCUUACGUUUAUCACGAGUAACAGCAGAGAAUUCAGGAACAUAUGUAUGUCGAGCCACAAAUUUAAUUACACCAAGUGCACUGCCUAUUAAAACAAUCGAAAAAAUUGGAAAUUCAUCAAUAGCAGUCUUAAUUCGACAUAAACCAGGAAAAGCACAAAUUAGUCCCGAUCGACCUGUAGCUAAUGAAGGAGCAGGUGUAACACUUACAUGUAAUGCAAAUCCUCCUGGAUGGCCUGCUCCACAAUACAGAUGGUAUCGCGAGGAAGGUUCAAAAGGACAAAAUGUUUUGGCUACUGGAACAAAGUACACAAUUCCACGUGUGCUUUUAAGCAGUGAAGGUGUCUAUCAUUGUCAAGCAACAAAUGAACUAGGUGUCGGUGAAAGAGCUUCGAUUACAUUAGAGGUUCGACAACCACCAAAAUUCCUUGCAAAAUUACCACCACACACAACACGUCCUGUAGGUGAUUCAGAGUUUGGUGUAUCAUGCAGUGCUGUUGGUAAACCAAAGCCAACAAUACGUUGGUUAAAAGAUCGAUCUGAAAUUACACCUGAUUUAAAUAUGUAUGAAGUACGUACUGAACCAGCUGAAGGUAGAAAUGGUGUGUUUACAGUUCAAAGUAAAUUAUAUUUCAAAGGAAAAGCAAGACCAGAUGGCAAUCAACUAUUGCCUGGUGACAGAGGAAUUUACUCUUGUGUAUUUGAAAAUGAAGUCAAACGUGCCGAAUCUACAAUGCAAUUGAAAAUUGAACAUGAACCAAUUGUACUUCAUCAAUACAAUAAAGUUGCUUACGACAUCAAUGAAUCGGCAGAAGUUUUAUGUAAAGUUCAAGCAUAUCCAAGACCAGAAUUCAAAUGGUUCUUCAGUCCAGGUUUAGCACCUUUACAAAUGUCAUCAGAUGGUCAUUAUGAAAUUAAUACAACGACGGAUAACAACGAUGUAUACACAAGCGUAUUAAAAGUUUCCAAUAUUAAACAGCACGAUUAUGGUGAAUACGUUUGCACUGUAGUCAAUAAUCUUGGAACAAUCGAAACAAAAAUACGCCUUCAGCCAAAAGGACCCCCAGAAAAACCAAUCAGUCUAUCAGCCAUUAAUGCUGGACAUGAUUUUGUAACAUUAUUCUGGGAACCUGGUUUUAACGGGGGUGUUUUGACUACAAAAUAUUUUGUUACAUAUCGUAAAGUACCAAGUAAUGACGAAUUCGCUGUCGAAGGGUGUGGAAUUGUUUUGCGAUCUGUUGAAUGGCAAGAAGUUGAUUGUCAUCAAAAUAUCCCAUGCAAUGUUACUAAUUUGGAUCAACAUCAAACCUAUGUAUUCAAGGUGAAAGCGGUGAACACUAAAGGAACAAGUGAUAUGUCUGAUGAAACAACUGUUACGACAAAUGUAGACAAAAUUCCAAUUCCACAACAUGUAACUUUUGAUCCAAAUACAAAUGGACUAACGAUAAAUGUUGAACCAACAUGUUUACCAUUAGUUGCUAUCGUGGAAUGUAUGGCAAAUGAUAAUUUACCAAUUCCAGCAUGGCAAGUUAUCGAUACCUUACCAAUGGAUGUAUCUGGUGUGGAUCCAACAUACAAGGAAACAAUUUUAGACCAUAUGGAUGCAUCAAGAUUAUAUAAAUCAAACAGCGGACGUUCUUUGGUAGAUGAAGAACCAAUUAGUGUUGCCGAUGAGUACAAUACACGAGUUCGUGUUAAAUUCUGUUUACGAGAAAGCCAAGAUUUAUGCAGUGAAUACACUGAAGCAGACUUUGGCCAAUCAUACAUCAAAGAAGCAUCAGCACUUGCAACACCAACACUAAUUGUAAUCAUUGUAUGCUGUGUUAUUUGCAUACUAUUUAUUGGUCUAGUUUUAAUGUUCUGUCGUUGUAAACGAAAUCAAACGAAAAAAUCGAAACAAGCCAAAGAUUAUGAAAUGGAUUCUGUACGACCGACAAUCAUUACAUCACAACAAUCACAAGCUCCACCACCAUAUUAUCCAACAAGUGGAAUGGAAAAUAAAGCGUUGGAGCAUUCUAUGGAUCUAGCAUUAGCUAUGGAAGAUCCUAAAAAUCCUGUUUAUGCAACACAAAAUGGUUAUGGGUAUCAUGUUGCUAAUACUCAAAUACCAAAUCAUCCAUCACAUCAAAACAUUAACGGGGAAUGGGUAAAUAUGGGAUACAUGGAAAAUAGUUACUCAAAUUCAAACAACGGUGGUAGCGUUAAUUCACAAGAUUCAUUAUGGCAAAUGAAAAUGGCCGCGGCAGCAAAUAAUUCUGUAAAUCAACAACAUAUAAAUGUUGAUCGUCAAAAUUCUUAUGGAUAUGAUCCAAUUACACAUGGAGGCUAUGGCGCCGUCGAUGAUUAUGCUCCAUAUCCCCAUUUAACAACCCAAAGUAAUCAUGGUGAUGAUUAUAUGCGUAAUAGUAACAAUCCAUCACGACAAGAAUAUUGUAACGAUCCAUAUGCAGCCGUCCACAAACCUAAGAAACGAGUUGAUCAACAUAUAGAAUCACCUUAUCAUGAUGUGAGUGGUUUGCCAGAUCCAUAUUUAGAACAAUUAGAAGAUGAAAAACCUCCACAACAUAUGUCAUUAAGUUACGAAGAAAGUUUAGAAAGUGGAUAUUCAACACCAAAUUCACGUACGAGACGAGUCAUUCGUGAAAUCAUAGUUUAAUAUAUAAAUCCCAUAACAAAAAAAAAACAAUGUUUGUGUGUUCUUGCGCUAUGUUAGACGCUUUUUUGAGUAAAUUUUGUGAGAAUAUUUUUUAUUUCUAAAAAAAUAAUUACGUUUUCAACAAAAUUUUAAAUCGGUGAACUUGUGAGUGAUGGGUAAGUAUAUUAGAAUGCUCGUGUUAAUGUGUGAUUCCUGAAUUUUUCGAAUGAAAGUAAUUAAUAUGAUUAAUUAACACUUUAGAAAUAAUAUAUA